CUCAAUAAACUACCAAUUAUAAGCAGCUAGACCUACAGUUUCUGGUUUGUAUUCAUCAUGGAGGAGAGCAAGCUUAUCUUCAGCCUGGACCACCUUGAUGAAGGUCCCUCAGUCGUCUUUUCCAAAGACAAACCACUAACUCUGGAGUGUCAGCAUGACCUCAGUCUAAGAAUGAAUCUAGAGCUGAACCAAAACCCCCGCACUCAGCCCCUCUACCUGCCCCACCCUCCUUCAUCUCCAGGAUCCUUAUCUGAUUUGACAGCAUCAUCAGCAGACCUCCUCAUCUCAACUGGCUUGGUCAAAUCCUCCUCCACAGACCUAAAACCGACGGAGAGCAGCACCCUGAGAGAUAAACCCCUCCUCAGCCUGGUCAAGUCCCUCAGUACAGAGAUCUCCCGCCGGGGUGAGCCUGACGACAAUCUCUCAAAGUCAGACUCCAAGCUGCAUUUACAUCUCUGGAAGCAGGCUACUCAUCCAAAGUUGCCAGACUAUGGGGCUGUAUCAGGGAUGCUGAGUGAAAAUGAAGACUGGGUAUCUCCUUUGUCCGCCGGCAGCGUGUCUCCUACUGAACCACGGGGCAGUUCCCUGAUUGCUGAGCUGGAGGACACCAGGAGAAGGUUUUCAGAGGCCAUGCAAGAUCCAUUGAGCAUGCUGAGUAAGAUCAUGGGGGACGAGAGCUCUGGAAACCCCAAGCAGGGUAGAGGGUCUGGUACAGGAGACUCGCCAGCCUCCCAGGGCAGCUGUGAAAGAGACGGGAGCAGUGAAGAUUCAGACCUCAGAUGUAGAAAGAGAAUGGACAGUGAGCACAUAACUGUGUGUGAUGCUCCACUCAAAAGAUUUCAAAAAGAGUCACUGAUGCAAUCUUCAAUGUUCUCAAAACAAAACACCCAAAGCAGAGAGAAGCAUCUGGAAAUCUGCACUUUUGGGGAUGUGAUCCAAGUGGUGGAGCUUCAGAACAGAUCCCUAGAGAGACAUCAUAAAAGUUACUCCUAUCCUCAAGUUUCGUUUUCAGGAUCAUCAUUGCCUUUUUACUGGCUCAUCCCCGUAAGUCUACUGGCUUACGGGCUCUUCGUUCUUCCUCUGCCUCCGUACUUGUCCGGUCUGUCCAUGGGGAUUGCAUACGGCUUCAUAUUGGGCUUGGUGGUGGACUUUGUGUUUGCCCCACGAUGCGCCGGCAGUAGAGGCAAACAGGGGUGUCAAAGCAGGUCCAGACACAUGAACGUGGAUCCGCUGGAUGGAAAGCUCAUGGAUACAGAGAUCAUUGAGGGCUGGAUGAAUGAGGCGCACAGCUACGAUCCUGAUACCUUUCACCCCUCCAUAAUGCUUUCAGUGUAUGUGACGCUGGAUAGCAGCCGGCUGCGCUUGGCAGAACCCCAUGCCAACAUCCCCCGGUGGGCAACUUUCAAUGAGCCACUCCACAAGUCCGUGUUUUUGCACUCCCGUACUUACCAGCUGACUAACAGUAAGGUGUCUCUGGUGCCUCCUGGUUUAGCUCGCAAGAGGAUUUGGAACAAGAAGUACCCCAUCUGCAUCACUCUGGCUGAGGGGGAGCUGGGGGUGGACAGCCUAUUGGAAGAGCAGGAGGAGGGUGAAACAGUAGAGAGGUCCACCAUCCCCAGCCAUCAGUCCUCUGUCACUCUGUAUCUGUUUGGCCGCACAGGAAGAGAGAAAGAGGAGUGGUUUCAGCACCUUCUAUCUGCCUCGAAGGCUGCAGUCCAAAGUGAAUCGAACACAGAGGAGAACGCAGAAGCACAGAGUGGAGGAGAGGCUGUAAAGGAAGGCACAGAAGAGAUUCCUGACUUAUCGAUUAAAACAAGAACGCUGUUGGACUACAGCACCUACAUGAUGCAGCCGAUUGACUCAGAUAGAUACAGUCCCAUGCCCAGCCCCAGCUGCAGUGCCAAAGGAAGCCCCUCAGCUGGCAAAAAGAUCUCCACUGAAGAUCGUGCUUCUGGGAGUGAAGCUGGAGGUGACUCCGGGGCAAUUACUGAGCCAGGUGGAUGCUCUGCAGACGGCCAGCCCGCCUGGAUAAAUUCCCUGGUGGGGAGGAUUUUCUGGGACUUUCUUAGAGAGAAAUACUGGGCCGAUCAGGUGGCUCACAAAAUCCAGAAGAAACUCAGCAAGAUCAAGUUUCCUUACUUCAUGAACGAGUUGACGCUGGCUGAUCUGGACAUGGGAAGCUGCCUUCCUCAGGUCUUAACCACAUCAAAACCUACACUGGACCGCAGAGGUUUGUGGCUGGACGUGGAGUUAGUGUACACAGGCUGCCUUCAGAUGACCCUGGAGACUAAGAUGAACCUGUGUAAGCUUGGCAAAGAGGGAGAAGGUGAAGCUCACAGCAUUCCUGAGAACCUGCAAAUGGGCUCUAAGCCGAGGCGGUGUAUAUUGGCAGAUAGCGAUGAAGAGUCCUCCAGUGCUGGGUCUUCUGAUGAAGACAAAAUACCCCCAUCUGAUCCACAGAGUUCACUAGUUGAUAAAAAUACUCCUGCAGCAGCUGAUGGGCACACAGGCGGUAGCACAGGCAGAAAAAUCCUGAGAUUUGUGGACAAGAUAGCAAAAUCCAAAUACUUCCAAAAGGCCACAGAAAAUGAGUACAUCAAGAAGAAAAUAGCUGAGGUCUCCAACAUGCCUCUAAUGCUCAGUGUGGAGGUCCUGGAGCUUUCUGGAACGCUUACUAUAAACAUACCUCCUCCUCCUACUGAUAGGAUAUGGUACAGUUUCCGGGAGCCUCCAAGGUUAGACCUCCAUGUGCGCCCCAUGCUUGGAGAGAGGGAAGUCACCUUCACUCAUGUGACAGAGUGGAUUGAGAAAAAACUGCAGUGUAAGUUCCAGAAAGUAUUCGUCAUGCCCAACAUGGAUGAUUUAUAUCUGCCCCUGAUGACCUCCGGCCUGGAAAAACCGCCUGCAUCCAGCGAUUCUUCUGUGAUUUCAUCUUCUCACCAAUCUUCCAUGGAGUCUCAGGAAUACUUGUCAGAAUAGCACUACCUCGUGGCUGCAGAGCAUGUUAUGUUGAAGAAAACUAGAUGUUGUGCAUCUAUUGUGAUGAAUGUUUGAAAGAGCGUUAGGAUGCAGCAGAUUGGUGGUCAUACUAAAUGACCUGGUAAUUAGCGCAGGAAAGAUGCUUCCUGAAUCCAUGCUGAAGUGAAACUGUGACCUUGGGACCGUCAGAAUUGCUAGUGACCAGGAUGACUGCCCCCUUAAAAAGACCACAUUGUGAAUAAGUAAAAUAAAUUUAUUAUUCUGU